GUAAUUUGGGAUAUGAUAUUUGGACUUAGGCCCAAUAAACAACGGGUGUUCCAAUAGCCCACUAGCCCACAGAAGAUGCUCGCCAACGGAUCUAUUUGGCGGGAAGCAACGGGUCACGCGAGAGUGCCAGCUCAUCUUUCCCGCCAGAGACCCCGCUAAAUACCGGAAAACCCCAAAUGGCCAUUGCAUCUUCUUCUUCUUCUUCUCUGUGAGACUGUUAACCCGCAAAAUCUCACCUUACGAUCGAUUCCAAAUCUCGCAUUUCUAUUUGAUCUCUGCAAUGAGUUCCUUAGGAACCUUCAAAUCCCAGACACCCAGAAGCCGAGAAAAGAAAGCCCUAAACCCAAAGCCCCAAAUCUUAGGCAAUGAGACACUGAGCACCAAAACCCCUCAGAAAUCCGAAAAAUUCUCUGGACGAGCACGAAACGGCAACGUCGCGCUCUCCAUCGGCGACAUCAGAAGAGCCGCCACCAAAAGCCUCAGCGAGUCGAGCCAGAAGCGAUGGACGGACCAGAUCGAUUCUUGGCCCGACGAAAGCCCAAAGAAGAAACGCGUCGGCCGCUCCGAGAAGCUACCGGAAAAAUAUGAAAUAUUGAGUGAGUUUUUGAAUGGCUUGGACACUUCGAUUCGGUUGUUGCGGUUGAGGGGUUUGAAGCCCAGUUUUACCAAUAUUUGCCCCCAAAUCGAGUGUUUGACGGAUAGGAGGUUUACAUGUGGUCACUUGGCUCAGCUGAAGUUUGUUUUACCUGAGGUGAUUGAUAUAAAGAAAGUUCUUGUUAAGGAUGAGAGAACCAGUUGUUUGAAGCCUGAUCUUCAUGUCACCAUCAAUGUUGAUGCACUAGAGAGAGAUAACAAGGCGAAAUCUGAAGGUGGUGGGAGUAUGCAUUUGAGGAAGACGUUCCACAAACGGCUUGCAGAUAUUUCAAAAUCCCAUCCUGAGGAUUAUGAAAUUCCAGAAGAAACUUUGCCUCAGCCAUUCGAUAUUAGGAAGCAAGAUAUGCAAUCAGAUACAGGCAAGCUUCCCUUUUCAUCAUCUCCUGGUGACAAAUUGACUGAUGUACACACAGUUGAGCAGCCAGCAGUGUCAACAAGCUGCCUUCAGGGUGAUGAAGUUCCAGAAUCAAACCUCAAUACAGUUUGCUCUGUUGGGGAAAGGAGUACUUGUGCUUCAUUGUAUGGGCAAGUGCCUAGAUAUGUUUUGAGACAACUUGGCCCAAUAAACAACGGGUGUUCCAAUAGCCCACUAGCCCACAGAAGAUGCUCGCCAACGGAUCUAUUUGGCGGGAAGCAACGGGUCACGCGAGAGUGCCAGCUCAUCUUUCCCGCCAGAGACCCCGCUAAAUACCGGAAAACCCCGAAUGGCCAUUGCAUCUUAUUCUUCUUCUUCUCUGUGAGACUGUUAACCCGCAAAAUCUCACCUUACGAUCGAUUCCAAAUCUCGCAGUUCUAUUUGAUCUCUGCAAUGAGUUCCUUAGGAACCUUCAAAUCCCAGACACCCAGAAGCCGAGAAAAGAAAUCCCUAAACCCAAAGCCCCAAAUCUUAGGCAAUGAGACACUGAGCACCAAAACCCCUCAGAAAUCCGAAAAAUUCUCUGGACGAGCACGAAACGGCAACGUCGCGCUCUCCAUCGGCGACAUCAGAAGAGCCGCCACCAAAAGCCUCAGCGAGUCGAGCCAGAAGCGAUGGACGGACCAGAUCGAUUCUUGGCCCGACGAAAGCCCAAAGAAGAAACGCGUCGGCCGCUCCGAGAAGCUACCGGAAAAAUAUGAAAUAUUGAGUGAGUUUUUGAAUGGCUUGGACACUUCGAUUCGGUUGUUGCGGUUGAGGGGUUUGAAGCCCAGUUUUACCAAUAUUUGCCCCCAAAUCGAGUGUUUGACGGAUAGGAGGUUUACAUGUGGUCACUUGGCUCAGCUGAAGUUUGUUUUACCUGAGGUGAUUGAUAUAAAGAAAGUUCUUGUUAAGGAUGAGAGAACCAGUUGUUUGAAGCCUGAUCUUCAUGUCACCAUCAAUGUUGAUGCACUAGAGAGAGAUAACAAGGCGAAAUCUGAAGGUGGUGGGAGUAUGCAUUUGAGGAAGACGUUCCACAAACGGCUUGCAGAUAUUUCAAAAUCCCAUCCUGAGGAUUAUGAAAUUCCAGAAGAAACUUUGCCUCAGCCAUUCGAUAUUAGGAAGCAAGAUAUGCAAUCAGAUACAGGCAAGCUUCCCUUUUCAUCAUCUCCUGGUGACAAAUUGACUGAUGUACACACAGUUGAGCAGCCAGCAGUGUCAACAAGCUGCCUUCAGGGUGAUGAAGUUCCAGAAUCAAACCUCAAUACAGUUUGCUCUGUUGGGGAAAGGAGUACUUGUGCUUCAUUGUAUGGGCAAGUGCCUGUAACUCCAACCAAAGACAUAGACCCCAUAGAAAAUGAUGAUAGGUUGCCCACACAAAGUGAUAGCAUUCAGUCGACUCCAGCAAAGCUUGCUUCAACUCCAGCUAGGUUAAUGGCUGACACGCCUGCAUUGCACCGACCAAAGCGAUGUUAUAUGAGCCCUGAUGAUAAUUCUACUAGCUCACUGAACAAGUUGGUUAGGCGUCCUCCACGCUCCAGGUCUUUGAAAUUUGACACUCCUGUGAAGAAUAAAAUUGUUGAGGAUGAAGUUCCUGAUAUGGGCGGUGCAUCAAUCGAUACUGACAGCCUCGAUAUUCUUCCAGAGGAUCUUUUGCAAUCGAUUAGAGAAAAGGAGAGGAAGGCAAUAGAGGAGCAAAAUCCAGCCAUCUCAGAAGCGAAGAGGCGGCGCCAGAUGAUUUCCAGCCUGCCUAAGCUCUUCAAUAUGAUUCAUUUCCUAUUGCAGUCUAUGAACCGUUCCGUUAUCACAAAAGAGGAGCUUGUUCACAAGCUAAUCUGGACCAAUUUUGAUAUUGUUGACAGAAAGGAAGUUCAAGAGCAGCUAAAAUUGUUGCUAGAGCUGGUUCCCGAUUGGAUUUCCGAGAAACAGUUAUCAUCUGAAGCUGAUUUGAUUAUGAUCCACAUUAAUAAAAUGUCAGAUCCCGAGUCCAUACGUGCAAGGCUUGAGGAAGCAAAGUGAGCUAGAGAAUGCUAGAAUUUUUGAAGUUGUACGAGAAGCAUAUUUAGAGAUGAUGUACAAUUUUCCCAUUUCAUUGGGCAUCUUAGUGUUGGUUUAUUAUUGUUGAUGUAAAGGACAUCUGGGUGGCAUAAUCAUGUAGGUCGAACGAAGGCCUUCUCCAAGAAUGUUAUUUACCAACAAGAUUGUAUAAAUAUCUAUUUCUUUCC